UCUCACCUCUGGUUUAAUAUUAUAUCGUUAUAAUUUUCUAAUUUAUAUGUACAAAAUUCUAACAUGUAUAUUUCAUUAUUUGCGGUAAUGUAUAUAUAUACGUAUGGAUCAGUGUGAAAUAGUUUUACCUAUAAGCUAUAAUUAAAAAAGUUAAUUCCGCAAUAUUUAUGAAAUAAUCGAAGUAUUCUCUAAGGGUCAUCUCUGCAAUCAAGUGGAGGGGUAGAUUACUCACAACGUAUCUUAUCUCUUGAUAGUGAUGGUAGGUGAGACUAUGCUUCUAAAAAGGUGUGGUGUACUACUCGUUACGUGAAACCGAAGGGACACCGUGUCUUUCUUUCAUAAAAAAGACUGCAAAAGUGCAAAAGUGCUGGUUCAGAAGAUGAUUAGAUUAUAUUUCUGGAUUAUUUUAUUCAAUCUCGGCGUUUUCGCACAAGAGAGUGCAUAUCAAAAUGUCGAACCGACACUUCAAGAAUGUUACGAGAAUAGAUAUCUUUUAGAAAAAGAUAAUAGAUUACCUCAUACUUUGCAUACAUUAAUCACCAUUAUUCGAAAGAUCGAAAACGUAACAGAUGGCUUAAACAUGGAUUUACGAAGUGUAACUGUUGCCAUUUUACACAGGUAUCGCCAAGAUGGGAUAGUAGAGAAUCCAGCCGUUUUACAACAAUCCGGUGUAUUGCCUUACAGACUGAGUUACCAGGGUCAAAAAUAUUUGCAAAUACGUCAAUUUAUAACGCAGAAAGUCAACCAACUUCCUUACAACAUAAUCACUGAUGUUGAAAGGUGCACUCUUCAUUUUAUGCUAUCUAGCAGUAUCGAAGUAUACGAAAGGCAUGACGAAAGCAUGGUAUGUAGAUAUGCCGAUAAUGCGUACAGAAGUGCAAGAAGUGUAGGCCGCAAUCAUUCUACUAACGCGAACUCUGAUAUCGAUCGUGAUGUAGAAACCUUAACACCUGAACAAAUAGACAUUAUCACAAAUCAUAAGAAUGGAAUUACCGACGAUGGGGUUGAUCCAAAUGCGUUGUAUCCGGAAUUACCGCCGAAUCACCCGAAAAUCGCUCGAGUUCUCGCAUCGAAGCCAAGAAGCAAGUGUCCUGUAGAAAAUGGAGUUAUUAAAACCGACUGGGGUGCAGUUUCUAUCGGGUCAGUAAUUGCUGGGAUAGCUGCUGGAUUGCAGCCCGAAAUGGUGAAACUUGCAGAUGUAUUCCCCAAUGAACCACCAGAAAGGAGAGCAAACCUAUCAGAAUUAGUGGAUAACAAAUGGCUUGCAACUGUGGCUGGCGAUUUGGCCGAAGUUGUUUUAAUGCAAGGGCCUACAAACGAGAAACUCAGCGUGGGUUUGAAUGGAAAUUGGAAUUCGUCAGCUCUGCCUCGUUGGUAUUUUUUGAACUCCAAUGAAAACUCCAAUGAAAACUCCAACUACAAAUUACAGUUCACCACGGCGGAAAUCAGAGGAGAUCUCGACGGAUUAAUUCUUGCUAACAAAGUGGAAUCUAUAUACACAAAAGUAUCCACUUUAAAACUAUCGCAGAUUUUGGAUAUGUAUUACAGUCCUCGCGGAUUCCUUAAUUCCUCAAUAAGAGCAUGUAAUCGAGGAACAUUAUUCAAAACUGCUGAUUUUAACUCAACCAUGUCUUUGCAGGCGUAUACUGCUUCCUUAGUCUUACGGGAUCAUUUGCAUACAGCUACAAUACACGACAAGGUAAUAGAAAAAUUUGCAGUAGAAGCGGCGAAUGAGCUAUCUGGGUAUGUCUCAUCUUCAAUGAAUAAGGAUUUAUCAUGUCACGACACAGACACGACAAAUUUCAUUGAUAAUGUUCAAUUCGCUGUUGAUCUCACAAUUAUUCUCGACACAACAUGGCCUUUCGAUUGGAUACAACCAAUUCUUGCACAUUUAUUGGAAAGUGUGAAGAUAAGUCGGUACAACAGUCAGGUCACAAUUAUGAAUGGUCUUGACGGUAAUAUUAUUAUCAAUACCACCAGUAGUAUUUUAGAUUUUUAUUAUUACAAUGCAACACGUUAUAGCAAUGGUACUGGUUUCAAUCUUCCUAAAUCACUUGAGAAAUUACGCACUCUACAGACGAAAAAAUUGGAGAAUGAACGCCACGAUUUUGGGCAUGCAAAGUCCGAUAUAGUCUUAAUUAUUCCAUACACAUCAUCUCUUAAUAGUGCCGAUAAGAAGUAUUGUAUUGAAGAGAUAAAGACGAUGCAAGAGCAAGUUCCAGAUGCCACAUUACUUAUAUUGGCAUACGAAUCGAAAGAGAGAUGGGCAGAUCUUGUAAACGAUCCAGUGAAUGACUUAUUUUCCAUCAAUUCUGUGAGUCCACAAAGACCUUCAUCGUCACUUGUUGGUUUGAUUUCGAGAAUCAAAGAGGUUCCACAGCGCUUAAUCAAUACGCAAUGUGGAGCCGAUUAUUCUGUUACUGGAUCCUCCAAUUCGUUUAUCGAUUAUAUUGAGCCAGCUACUACUGUUUUUUACAAAUUACACCCUAAUUAUUUCUUCUCUAGCGAUAGCAGUCAUACUUCUGUAAUAAAGAUUGAAGGGUCUGGUUGGGGUGAGUUGAAAGUAUGCACGUCACGAAAUCCCAUCAAGAUUAAUUCGACUGAAGAUGCAAGUGUAUCGUGCGCUUCGAUAAACAGUAAUAUGCAUACCGUUUCGUUUUCCUGUGACGAUGUUGGCUUGAUACACCUUUGCCAAUCAUUUUACAUGUCAAUAACUGCCAAUUCAUCAGUUACUAAUUAUCAAUGUACAGAUAUAAAUGUGUGCAGAUUCCCCCAUAUGAUAAAAUACACUGUUUCCUAUGAGAAUUUGGAAUGUGUAAGUAGCGCAAGUAUAAGCAUGUUGAACAUUGUUGUUUUAAUCAUAAGCGUGAUUUACACGUUUUUGUAAUGCACGAUACAAAAACGUUAUCUAACGUGACCGUUUUAAUGAACAAAUUUAAAGUUAUUAAAUGUUUCGGUAUUUAAUCAAAUUAGAAUUAGGAAUCGGUUGUACAUAUUACACAUAUUUAGUACUGCAUUUCUGCAAUAAGCCAACAAUAUUUUUACAAAUAUUUUGUAAUCAUUCUUUAUUUUUAUAUAUAUAAAUAAUGCUAGAAAUAUUAACAUAAGAACGUAUAUAAAAUUUGCUUGCAUCAAUAAAUUGGUUUAACAUA